AUGUGGGCCGCCUGUGCGGUGGAUCCGGCGCCGGCGCGAAGGGCGCGAAGAAGGGGUCUGGGUCGCGGCCGGCGGCGGCGGCGGGCCCCGUGCGCGACUGCCUGGAGAACCUGGCGGACAGCGUGGGCCACCUCCGAGGACGCGGCGCAGGAGAUGGGCGGCGCCGGGAUAUCCCGCUCCAGGACGCCCGCGUUCAAGUGGCACCUCAGCAACGUGCAGACCUGGUGCAGCGCCGCGCUCACCGACGAGAACACCUGCCUCGACGGCCUCUCCUCCCGCGGCGUCGACGCCGCCACGCGCGCCGCCAUCCGAGGCAAGGUCGUCGAGGUCGCGCAGGUCACCAGCAACGCGCUCGCACUCGUCAACAAGGUCGGGCCUGGGUACUAG